CCCGCCGGGGCCAUGAGGGCCGAGCCGCCCGCCUGGGCCCCGGGGCCGGCGCAGGCGGCCGCGCUGCUGGAGGAGGCGGCGGAUCUGCUGGUGCUGCACCGCGACUUCGCCGCCGCCGUGGAGCGCUGCGAGGCGGGCUGCGACAGCCUGGGCCCCGGCCCCGGCCCCGGCCACGAGAGUUUUGCAGAAGUGAAAUGCUCCCUUUGUGUUGUGGGGAUCCAGGCGCUGGCCGAGAUGAACCGGUGGAGAGAAGUUCUGUCUUGGGUCCUACAGUACUACCAUGUCCCUGAGCAUCUGCCUCCAAAAGUUCUGGAGCUCUGCAUCCUGCUGUACAGCAAGGUGAGGGAGCCGCAGGUGAUGCUGGAGGUCGGCGGCAGCUGGCUGGGGUCCCAGGCCAACCGGAGUCUGCCCGAGUUCGGCUCGCUGCUGGAGCUGUACCUGGCGCGGGUGCUGCUGCCGCUGGGGCGCUUCGGGGCCGCGGAGGAGCUGGUGCGGGGCUGCCCCGCCUUGGACAGCGAGCGGCGCCUGCAGCUCCUCGGCACCAUCGGCGACAGCCGCGGCCGCUGGAGGCAGGAGGAGGAGACACGCCCGGAGGCUGAGGAGCGGCAGGACCCAGCCGCAGAAACGCUUCUGGGAGUGCUGUCCCAAAAGCUCCUGACCAUGCUGACGUUGCUACGUAGAACACUGAGGUCCAUGUCAAAUCACUUCUGUUUACUUCCUUACAAGAAGAUGCUCUUGGCCACUUUUUUGCUGUACCUGGUGGUGGUGAGAUUAGACCCAGCUUCUCCCACAUCCCUGCCAUUCAUCUACAAACUGGUCCAGCUCUUCCGACAGGCUUGGGCAGCUGUGCUUUCUCCAGUCCACAGGCCUCCAAUUGGAGACUGAGUGUCUGCCUCCACUCAGAGUGUCACCUUGUCUUGGC